GGAGGGGAGCAAAAAUGAGUAUUUGCUGCAAUCAGCUGUGUGUGGGACCCAGGGUCUGUUGCUCCCCUCUGCAAGCUGUGAGGGGGGCUGGUGAGCAGCCUGCCCAUCCCUGCCUGUCUUGCUUAGCUCACGAGGUGCUGUCCAGCCUGCCCCUCCAGGUGAUGCUCUACUUCAAUGUCUACUACUUCCCGGUCUGGUGCCUGGCUGAGGGAAUUAUGCUGCACCUAAAGUACCACCUGCUGCCUUGGCACUACCAGUUCCUGCUGGUCACAGCCUUCCUCAUCCUCUCACUGGCUGAGGGCUCCCGCCUCUACCUGGGCUACCUGGGGAACCUCCAGGAGAAGGUGCCUGAGCUGGCUGGGUUCCUGCUCCUCUCCUUCCUGAUCCAGCUGCCCCUCCUGCUCUUCCUGCUGACAGACAGCCAGGUCAUCCACCUGCCUCUGGAGGUGCCCAUGCACAGCUUGUUCCUGGCCUUCCUCCUCCUUGAGAUCGUGGCUGCCUUCCUGGCACUGAGGACCAUGACCAAGCAGCUGGCAGCACAGUUCUACCUGCGUCAGUUCCAGGAGGGUGGGAGGGGCCAGCUGGAGCCAGGGGCCACAGGGGGACAAGCAGCUGAGAUGGGGUGAUGCUGCAGGACCCCUCUGCCCCACACAGCUAGUCCUGGCAGGGAGCAUUAAACAGUGCUCGAACCCACAGACACUGUUUCUGAGCUUUGUGGAACCCCCAGAGAAGCACCCAGGCACAGCCCUGAUGCCUGCCUUGCACCAGCCAACAUAGCUUGGGAAAAGUGGGAGUGAGGGGUCAGCGCAUCUGAAACAUUUCAGCUCACCCCAGGGCUGUGCCUGUCCUUGCUGAGAAUCAGCCUUGGCAGGAGGCAGGAACCAGGGUGCAGGAGCCACUGCACGCCCCUAGGAAGUACCAGCCAAGGUCUGGAACCUUAAGCUUGGCUCCUAAAC